AUGAGAGUCGUUAUUCAAAGGGUGAAACAGGCCAGCGUUACAGUUGACAAUGCCGUUGUCUCUGAAAUCAAGAAAGGGUUGUGUCUGUUGGUUGGCAUUACGCAGGAGGAUACUGACGAAGACGUGGCCAAACUAGCCAACAAGGUCUUGAAGCUCCGGUUGUUUGAGGACACUGCACAAGAGGCAGGGACGAACACCGAGUGGGUUGGCAAGCCGUGGAUGAAGAGUGUCACUGACAUUGGUGGUGAAGUUUUGUCUGUUUCGCAGUUCACGCUGUACGGUAACAUCAAGAAGGGUACCAAGCCGGACUUCCACAGAGCACAGAAGGGCCAGCUGGCGAUGGAUCUGUACAACUCCUUCCUGGGGGAGUUGCGGAAAGGUCUCGGGGAGGCUAAAGUGAAGGACGGCCAGUUUGGUGCGAUGAUGGACGUUGGCAUAGUCAACGAUGGUCCGGUGACCAUUGUCUACGAUACCAAGGAAUAG